AUGAGAGUUAUUAGCACUGAGAAGGCACCUGCUGCUAUUGGACCUUAUUCUCAAGCCAUAGUUGCAAAUGGUUUUAUCUUUGUUUCGGGUCAAAUUCCAGUUGUUCCAGCUGUUCCAGGCUCAAUCAUCAGUGAUGAUAUCAAAGAACAAACGCAUCAAGUAAUUCGCAAUCUUUCAAACGUUUUACAAGCCGCAGAUAGUUCUCUUUCAGAAGUUGUUAAGACUACAGUUUUUCUCAAAGAUAUGAAUGAUUUUAUGGCCAUGAAUGAAGUUUAUAAGGAAUGUUUUGGAAACCAUCAACCUGCAAGAGCGUGUGUUGAAGUGGCGAGAUUGCCCAAAGACGUGAAAGUUGAAAUUGAAGCAAUUGCACAAAUAAAAUAA